CAAAUCAUCCUAGUAUCAUAAUACUAUCAAGAUUAUCAAGGUUAUUAAGAUUAUUGAAAUUAUUGAAAUUAUUUAUAUUAUCCUCAUUAUUAUUAUCCAGAUCAAUCUUACCAAUAAAAACAAAUAAAUUUAUAACAAAUAUAACCUAUAAAUGGAUCAAAAGCUUGAAGACUUGGAUCUUGAAUUCAUUGUGAAACUAAAAGAAAAUUUACAAAUUGAAAGAAAAAUUAUGGUUGAUGAAUUUAAAACUAGAAUAAACUCAAUAAAUUUAUAUAACAAAACUGAAAUUUUUUGUUGGGGCCAAAAAAUUAAGUCAACUCAAAUCGAUUACAUGAAAAAAAUCAAUACCAUAAUUUACCAAAUUAAUAGAAAAGAACUUGAAAGAGGUAAUUCCCCAACCUAUGUUUAUCAAUCGGAAAAUUUUUAUCCUAAUUUACCUGAUAUACCCCUAGAUUAUGUCCCAAGUUCUGAUGAUGAAAAUAAUGACAAUGAUAAAUUCGCUGAUGAAGGCGUAUUCUAUGAAGGUAACUUCACCUUUACCUCAAUUAACCGUAACAACAAUAACAAUACUAAUAACAACAACAAUACCAAUACCAAUAAUAGUUAUAACAACAACAACAGCAAUGACAACAAUAAUGAUAAAAAAGAUGAUAACCAGGGGAAAAAGCCAAAUUUUAACCCUCUAGUAAUUGGAAAUAAUUAUCAAUAUGGAACUUUUUAUAAAUAUAAUAAAAACGAUAAACCAAUACAUCAAUAUAACCAUCCUUUUAAAACCACAGCUUCAAUACCACAAAACAAUUCUGAGAAAAAUUCACUAUUAGCUGAUCCAAUAAAAGAUAUAUCACCAAAAUCUGUUUAUGAAGUUUCAGAUUUGCACAGCACAAGCUCAAGAAAUCAAAAAAAUCAAAAAACAAUUUCAGACAAGAAUAAUCUUUUUCCUCCAAAAACAAAAAAAUUCUCGAUUCAAUCAAUUCUUCAGAAUAAAAGUUCAGUACGAGAAGGUGAAUAUAUGGACUAUCAUAACCAAAAUGAUAAUAUCAGCGCUUCUUCUGCUCAAAAUAAUGAAAACUCAGAUUCCACCCUUGUGAGAAGAUCUAGUUAUUCUAGCAAAAGAAAAAGAAGAUUUUCCAUACAGUCUAUGCUAGAAUCCAGUUCAAACAAUCUAUUUGCCAAAAAUGAUAGCCUUAUGAAUGACACUUCUGCCAGUGAUUCUGAGAUAAAUUCAAAGCAUUCAAGAAGAUCACAAAGAUUGUUUAAUAAGCUAAAUGUCCCUAAAAAAGUUCAAGAAAAAUCUGUAGAACUGUCAAAAAUUCAGACGAGCCCAAUCUCCACAAAUAUAAAAGAAAACUCAAUAGCAAACGAAAUAAUUGAAGUGAGCAAUGAUGAAGAAAAUGCAGAAGUCGAAAUGUAUGAAUAUACCAAUAAAGGAAAGGAAAAGGAACAGCAUGAAUUUAGCAAUGGAUUUAAAGCUGAUAAAAUAAGCCUUUCAGAAAAAGAAGAGAUAGAACAUGAAAAUAACAACAAUAUUCUUGACAACCAUCAUCGAACAAAAAUUUCAUUGAAAGAUUUAAUAAAUCCUGUUUCUCACGCGUUUGAAUCAUUAACGUCUAAUGAUGAGAAUUCUUCUAAUAAAAGCAAACUUCCAACAUUAAAGCAACUCGAAAUCCCUUUUAAUCCUGAAACAUCAGAAAUUCAAAGGUAUAACUCUUACUAUGUGAACCCAUCAUAUACCCCAACGCAUACAAGUUUGAGCAGACGACGUAAAAGCAUCUCAUCCAAAAAAGAAUCAUUUGAGAGUAUCCCUUCGAGUGUAUCAUCCAAUUUACCCUCAGGAAUACAAAAUGGAUUUCAGAGCAACUUUCCUCCAGGAUUCCAACAAGUUACUUCUUCAGCACUUUCGUCAAACAUAUCGCCUGAUACAUCAUCAAAUCUACCCUCUGCUGUUCCACCAAACACAAUACCUGAGUUUUCACCAACUUUGCAGCAAGUUGGUUCAAGAACUGAAGCGAAUCAGGAUUCUCUGGCGAAUCAACUAAAUCAUGAAGAGCAGAUGAAUCAGACCCCAUUUACGUAUAUGAACCUACCUGGUCCGAUGUAUAGUCCAGUUUACAAUCAGCAAUUUAAUGUUCCUUUUAACAAUCCGCCAUUCACACAAGUUUCUUUGCCUUUAACGCAUGUCGCAGAGACUUCUCAAGAACGACCUAUUAUUCUUCCAGGGAAUAUCAGGAUAAAUUCCAAUAUUAAUUCAAAGGACUUGGAUCAAAAACUAAAGUCCAGAGUGUGCCCUGUUUGUACCAGAGCCUUUUUUAGAACAGAACAUUUAACGAGACAUUUAAAUUCGGUUCAUAUAAACAAAAAACCCUUUUGUUGUAAAGUUUGUGGAUCAGAAUUUAAUAGAAAGGAUAACUACAAGCAGCAUUACAAAAGAAAACAUCCAAAUGUUGCGAUUCCAGAAGUUCAGAAUUAGUAAAUUUUUGUAAUUUAAUAUUAUUUAAUAAUUAUUUUCGGUUUCUUUUUAUAUAUUUUUUUACUUCUUCAUUUUGUGUCUUUUUACCCUUUUUGGAAGAAAGCUAUUUCUCAAAUU